AUGGCGAUCAUCAAGGCGCUCGAAGAAUGGCAACCAGAGCUCCAAGGCACAGACGAGCCGUUUGAGAUCAUCAUUGACCACAAGAACUUGCAGUACUUCAUAACGACCAAACUUUUGACACAGAGACAGGCUCGUUGGGCGGAGUUCCUCAGCCAGUUCAACUUCCAGAUUGUCUAUCGCAGUGACAAACAGUCUGUCAAACCUGAUGUGCUCAGCAGACGGCCUGGCGACACACCUGCGAAGUUUGACACCACGGACUCUCGUGUGGCGGCCAGACAGCAGACAAUUCUCCCAGCUUCACGGAUAUCCACAGGCAUGGAUCAACAGGACGAGGAGUACUUGUGCGUGUUGGACACCUCCGAGGACCUCGAUAACCUGAUCGACAUGGCAUACAAGAUCGUGGCCAAAGACCGUGAAAUGGUUCAUACGAGUGCCAUUCGGCGACUGCCCUGGGCCAACAUCUCAGUCGACUAUAUCACUGUGUUACCAGAGUUUGACAAACUGGACGUACCCACGAUGGUCGAUGCCUUCAUCUACCGCGUAUUCUCUCUCCAUGGAGCCCCCAAAUUCAUCACGUCCGACAGGGGAACGCAGCUCAUCUCACAGUUCUGGCAACGACUAGCAGAGCGCCUGGGUGCCAGGCUCAAACCCUCGUCAGCGUACCAUCCAGCUUCAAACGGACAGACAGAGAUCAUGAAUUCUGUACUUGAGCAAUACCUGAGGAUUUAUAUCUCGCUCGAUCAAGACGACUGGGUGGAUCACUUGCCCCUCGCGGAGUUCGCUUUGAACAACUCGGUCUCCAGUACCACGAAGUUCUCGCCAUUUUUCGCUAAUUACGGUUGGAACCCACGCCUCGGCAUUGAGCCGCCCUCACCAUGA